UCAGAUCUCUUCUGGGAAUUAAGCUUUGUAUUUGUUUGAGAAAAUUCUAACUUCAACAUCUUUUUUAAUGAGAACUCGUUAUUUGUAUUGUCAACGAAAAUAUAGCUCUCUUUGGAUCCCUUUUGCUUUGUAUUUAUGAUUUUUCCUUCGUAGCUCCCGUUUGGCUCGCCAACUCUUUUGACUUUCCUUUCUUUAUUCGUAAUUGUGUUAGUUUACCAUGUGAAGUAUGUGAAAGUGAAUUCUUAUGCAUCCCAAUUGAAUAGUGAAUUCUAGGGCUUGUCAUUGAAAAAAUCCAAGUUCUAACUAGAUUUCCUUCGUUUUUUGGAUUGGUAGAAGAAACUUGCUAGUCACAUGUCCCCUGUGCAUUCUUUCAAUUGUUAAGCUCUGGCCAAAAACAGAUGAGAAGGACAGUUCCAUUACACUUGUAGGGAAGGAGCUAAGUACAAGACUAACAAUGAAUUGUGUAGUAGCAUAGAUCUUAGAGGGUAUAGCGAGGAGUUUUCUAGGGAAUUUCCUAACUGAAGUACAAUUUACAUUUGAUGCAAAUCAAUCUGAAUCCAUGAGUCAAACAAGAAGUUCAAUUUUGGUGAAGAGGUUUUCUAGGAGCUCAAUACGCAUCUGCUUUUGCUAAUUUACGUAAAUGGCUUGCAAUGGUGCAAAAAAGCCCUUGCUGUCAGGAUUGGUGGAUUCCACCUCUCAAAGAAUUGAUGAAUGUACUCCCCACAGAAGAAGGUUUCGCCGUGUUAAAAGUGCUCCUGUAACAGAGCUUGUUCCUUCAGAUAUUAGUGGCAACGGACCAAUUCCACAUUAUGAAUCCUUUUUUGGGGGGCGUCACCAGAGCCUGAAGCAAGUAGCUGUAUUCUUGGCUGUCUACUUGGGUCUUGGCACUCUAUGUUUUUAUGUUGUCAGGGAUGAUAUCAAAGGGAAGAAAUCAAAUCCGAUUCUCGAUUCUAUAUAUUUUUGUAUCGUAACGAUGACCACUGUAGGAUAUGGAGACCUGGUGCCCGAUAGUGCUCCUGUGAAAUUACUUGCCUGUGUUUUUGUCUUCACAGGGAUGCUUCUUAUUGGAUUGAUACUCAGCAAAGCAGCAGACUAUUUGGUGGAGAAGCAGGAAAUAUUACUGAUUAAAGCUCUCCGCAUGCACCAAAAACUUGAUCCAGCUGCAUUUCAUAAGGAAAUUGAAACCAACAAGGUCAAAUACAAAUGCUAUUUGGCCAUAAUUAUUCUUUCAGUGCUUAUGCUGGUUGGAACCAUUUUCCUAUACAUGGUUGAGGACUUGGACAUCAUUGAUGCUUUCUACUGUGUCUGCUCCACCGUUACAACUCUAGGUUAUGGAGACAAGAGCUUCUCAACUGUAUAUGGCCGUAUGUUUGCUGUAUGUUGGAUACUGACGGGUACUGUUGCUUUAGGCCAGUUAUUUCUUUACAUUGCUGAGCUAUUCACUGAAAGCAGACAGAGGGCAUUGGUGAACUGGGUUCUUACCAGAAGGAUGACCAAUUUAGAUUUGGAGGCAGCAGACAUAGACGAUGAUGGUGUUGUUGGGGCUGCGGAGUUCGUUGUAUAUAAGCUUAAAGAGAUGGGAAAGAUCAGCGAAGAAGAUAUUGCACUAGUAAUGAAGGAGUUUGAGGAUCUUGAUGUUGAUCAAUCUGGAACCUUGUCAGCUUCUGAUAUCAUGGCACAGGCAGCUCUAACACACAAGUGACUGAACCAUCAGCAAGAGAAUGUUUCUUGUAUCAAGUUUACCUCAAUAUGUUCAUGGAUUUUCUACUUUCAUCUUCAAAAAAGGUCAUUGCGUGCGAAUUCACUGUAAGUUUCACUAAGCAUGAGAUAAACUUAAUUAAUUCACGGAAAACUUUAUGACAUUUUGUCAUAAGCAAUCUUAGAAUUUCUCCUGGGUGGCAGAGGGAGAAAUAUGAUAAAUAUCAACUCAAUCAGAUGAGGGGGAGUGAGGAAAAACUGUGGAUUCAAAUUUUGACCGAAUUUUUAGCACAGCUUCUAUUGAAAUUUUAAUAUUUACGAGUUGUUAAUGAAAGAAGCAAGAUUUAUAGGGUCC